CGACAUUGUCCGAAAUAUAAGGAAAUGAGAAUAUUUUUCUUGAGUUCAGGCGCGUAUACAGGAAGUUGGUUCAAUGCUUGGAGCCGCGUGCGAAAGGGACGUAAUUCUCAGCGGACGAACAUCCAAAGAGUCUCCCACUCUGCGUUCCUUCUACAGCAGGUAUAUGCACGUGCAUCUCUCAAUAAUGCAGCUCCAAAGCGGUGGUAUCGAGUCGUUGUUGUUUCGGGGUGGUGCAUAACCAGAAAUUGGCUCUCGCACUGCAAAUCUUUCUCGGUUGGCAAUGUACAAUUGCUCUUCCUCCUAUCAACGCAAGUGUUUUCUAUCAGGACGCGCGUUAACGCGCGAGGAUCAAUAAUUCCACCGCAGUAUCACACGAAUUGGUUGCCCCAUCUAGGCGAUUUUCCAUAAACCUUGUCAGAGUCGGAAAAUCAAAAUCAGUAGUGAAGCAGCGCACUUUCUC